AGCAGCAGCACAAAGUGACGUACAUUCCACGACAUUUCCAAAUUGACUGAUAAAAUCYUCGUUAGAAAGCUGAUUUACAGACACAAUAUCCAUCCUCCSGAGUAUAAAAUUGGGAAUGAGAAUCCGCAUAUAAACACUACCGCGGGCUCACAGCUUAUUCCAAAACAAAAAUGGCGGAGGGAACAGGUCACGAAAGCCAUGGUGGCUUCGGAGUGACCGAUAUUGUAGUUUUUUCCCUAACUUUAGCCGCAUCAGCUGGUAUAGGAAUUUACUUUGCUAAAGUAGGAAGUCGUAACCAAUCUAAUAAUGAGUAUUUAAUGGCGGGGAGAAGCAUGUCAGCCAUUCCUGUGGCUAUUUCUGUCUUGGCAUCGUUCGUUUCUUCUGUUGCAGUUCUUGGUACACCAGAUGAGAUUUACACGUAUGGUUUUUCCUACUUUUGGCUAGGGUUAGGAGCGUUUAUUACUAUACCACUUGUGGCGUACGUUUAUUUGCCUGUUUAUUAUAAUCUGAAGUUGACAAGCACAUAUGAGUAUUUAGAGAGAAGGUUUUCAAGAAGUGUUAAAGUGUUGGCCUCUAUAAUUUUUGUCAUUCAAACACUUCUGUAUCUGGCUAUUGCCCUCUAUGGACCAUCACUCACAUUGGAAGCUGUCAUUGGUUUUCCAUUGUGGAUUGGUGUGUUAGUUGUUGGGUUGACUUGCACAUUCUACACUACAUUGGGUGGUAUGAAGGCUGUGAUCUGGACUGAUGUCUUUCAAGGUGUUGUCAUGUUAAUUGGGUUGUUUGUGAUUAUUACUGUUGGCGCUGACCGUGUUGGUGGUUUAAAUAAAGUGUUUGAAACUGCAAAAAAAGGAAAAAGAUUUGAUUUUGAUUAUUCGUUUGAUCCAACUCAUCGUCUUACAAUAUGGGCAGUUGUCAUCGCUGGCGUAUUUCAAAAUCUGCCUGUUUAUGUCACCAACCAAACUGCAGUUCAGAGAUUCCUAACAACAAAGUCUUUCAAAAGUGCAAAGAGAGCUGUGUGGAUGAAUUUGCCCCUGAAUUGGAUUAAUAAUACUGUUACRGCAUUUGUUGGUAUUGUCUUAUAUKCCUACUAUGCAGAWUGUGACCCAUUGAGUGCUAAAGAAAUUAAGAACAGGGAUGAGAUUUUGCCUCACUUUGUGGUUUUUGUGCUUGGAAAAAGCGUACCUGGUCUUCCUGGGGUGUUUGUAGCUUGUCUUUUUUGUGCAACACUUAGCACUGUUGCAUCUGGGCUAAAUUCCCUUGCUGCUGUCACUGUGGAAGAUUUUCUCUCAUAUGUUAUUGUAAUUCCAAGAGAAAGAGAAACCUUGUAUUCUAAAGGACUUGUUUUUGGUUAUGGACUUAUUGCACUUGGUCUUGCAUUCCUUGCUUCAAAGUUUGGAAUGAUUUUACAGAUGAGUGCUUCAAUGUUUGGUAUUAUUGGUGGCCCAAUGCUUGGUAUAUUCACAYUAGGAAUUCUUUUCAAAACUGCGAACACAAAGGGAGUGUUAUCAGGAUCCAUAGCUGCUUUCUUUGUGGUGGCAUGGAUAUCCAUUGGUGCACAAGUGUACCCACCAAACUACCCAAUUCUUCCUGUGUCAGUUGAUGGAUGCAUUGCUGAUAUAACAAAUACWUCAUUCACAAAUUCAACUAUACAUAUACUUCCUGAGCUUAAAAAAUCACCACAUACGUUUUACAACAUAUCAUUCUUUCUGUAUGGUCCAAUUGGAUUCAUAAUAACAAUUGUCAUUGGAUUGCUAGUYAGUUAUAUCUUCAGAAACCAAUACAGUCAGACUGUAGACCCCAGGUUGAUGUUUGACUGUUCAAGAUUUUCUAAAUGUUCCAAAAAGCACCAAAGACGAGAUUCAAACACCAGAGACAGUGAUGAGGAAACAUGUCCUCUGUACACAGAUCACACCACAAAAGUACAAUGAAUCAAAUGAGAUUCAAAAUUGAAUCAAUC